AUGAAAGAUAUACCAUUCUUUUGUCCAACUUCUUUUGAUUAUCGUUUACCAAUAGUUCGAGCAGCCUGCGUAGUUCGGGGAGGAGAUGAAGAAGAAAUAGAUGAUGAAAAAUUAACAUUGGAUCUUGAGGAAAUAAUGGAAGGAAGAAGCGCAAGAGGAGAAGGUGAUGAAGGAAAAGGUAGAGAAAGGUUGGAACUAUUAGAGGAAGAAAAUUCAAAAGAAAAGAUUGGAACCAUCUAG